AAAUAAUUUAAAUUUCUUGAUAAUCCAUUAAAAAAAAAUGAAAAGUCUAAUUUACUCUAGAGCUUUACCAACCUCUCAAAUGAUUCAACUAGCUCUUGCCAAAAUUGAAAAAAAUAAAUAAAUAAUUCAUUAUUCCUCAUUUAAAUAGCCCAUUCUUUUUUUCUCUCCCUCUAUUUCGCUCCCCUUCAUCCAACCUUAAAUGGAUUCAGAGGUUUUCUCAUGUUUUCUUUGCACUUCAACUUCCAAAACAUCAAAAACAACUGAUCAAAUUCUAGAAAAUAAUGAAUCAAAUACAUCAUCUUUAUCUUCAAACACCUUGAGAAGCUUAUCAAAAAUGGUUCUUCCACCAUUGGGUGUUUCUGGCUAUAACCACAAUGAUGUUGUCUCUAAAGGUUGGAUCCUUUCUCCUACUAAUUCCAAGUAUAGAUGUUGGGAGACAUUGAUGGUUGGAUUAGUAGCAUAUUCAGCAUGGGUAUACCCGUUUGAGGUAGCAUUCAUGAAAGCGUAUCCAAAGAGAGAACUUUUUGUUACUGACAACAUCGUCAAUGUGUUUUUCGCCAUCGACAUUAUUUUGACAUUCUUUGUGGCUUAUUUUGAUUCUAGAACUCAGCUUCUUGUUUAUAACUCCAAAAAGAUUGCUAAAAGGUAUGUAUCGACAUGGUUAAUAAUGGACGUGGCAUCAACAAUACCAUAUGAAGCAUUAGCUUUGAUGUUUACUGGCAAAUACAAAUUUAGCCUUUCUUAUUCUCUCUUAGGAUUGUUUCGUUUCUGGCGACUCCGACGAGUUAAGCAAUUCUUCACCAGGCUUGAGAAAGAUAUCAGGUUCAGCUACUUUUGGGUCCGAUGUGCUAGGCUUCUAUUUGUGACAUUGUUUUUAGUACACUGCGCCGGAUGUCUAUACUACUUGCUAGCAGAUCGAUACCCUCACGAGGGGAAGACAUGGAUAGGAGCAAUAAAUCCAAACUUCAGGGAAACAAGCCUUUGGGUUCGUUACAUUUCCGCCAUUUACUGGUCGAUCACCACUAUGACCACAGUGGGCUACGGCGACUUGCAUGCCAAUAACACCAUUGAAAUGAUUUUUAUCAUCUUUUAUAUGCUCUUUAACUUAAGCCUCACAGCCUAUCUCAUUGGCAAUAUGACUAACUUAGUUGUUGAAGGAACACGUCGUACCAUGGAAUUCAGAAGUAGCAUAGAAGCAGCAUCAAGCUUCGUAGGAAGAAACCGGCUACCAACAAGGUUGAAGGAGCAAAUAUUAGGGUAUAUGUGCUUGAGAUUUAAGGCUGAAAAUUUGAAUCAAUUCCAACUAAUUGAACAACUCCCAAACUCCAUCUAUAAGAGCAUUUGCCAGCAUUUGUUCCUCCCAACUGUUGAAAAUGUAUACUUGUUCCGCGGUGUCUCAAGGAAAACUCUCCUACAACUGGUAGCAAGAACAAAGGCAGAGUACUUGCCUCCAAGAGAAGACAUAAUAAUGCAAAACGAAGCAGCAGAUGACAUAUACAUUAUAGUAUCUGGAGAAGUGGAGAUGAUAGAUUAUGAAAGUAAUCAGAGAGAGAUUGUCGUCGGAAGUUUGCAAGCCGGAGAUAUGUUUGGAGAGGUUGCUGCUAUUUGUUCUACUCCACAAGCCUUCACUUUUCGUACGAAAACACUUGCACAACUUCUCAGAUUAAAAACUUCUAAUCUUAUUGAAGCAAUGAAGAUUAGACAAGAAGAUAAUAUUGUUAUGGUUAACAACUUUCUUCUGCAUAAUAGGAAGCUUAACAUAUUGAGAGUGGGAGAAUGGCUAAUUGAGAAUGCAGAAAGAGAUGGUGAAUUAGUCAAAGCAUUGAUUUUAUUGAAUGUUUCUGCUGCUGGAAAUAGCAUUUUUCUUGGCAAGCUUCUCAAUGCAAACUUUGAUCCGAACGUUUGCGACUCUCGUGGAAGAACUCCAUUGCAUGAAGCAGCUUCAAGGGGACAUGAAGAAUGUGUUGUUGUGCUUCUAAACCAUGGAUGCAAUGUACUUUUACAAGAUGUGAAUGGCAACACAGCUUUAUGGGAUGCUAUAACAUCAAAACACUACAAGAUAUUCCAACUGCUAUACAAUUAUGCUACUAUUUCUGAUCCACAUGUAGCAGGCGAUCUUCUUACCACAGCAACUGAACGCAACGAAAUCGAAGUGAUCAAGGAUAUGUUACAAUGUGGAUUAAAUCCUGACUCGAAGAAUAUUCAUGGCUUAAGAGCUCUUCAAGUUUCCUUAGCAACUAAUCAUCUUGAAGUAGCAAAGUUACUAAUAGCCCAUGGUGCAAAAACUAGUGACCUUAAUGGUCACACAUUUUCGUCGAUUUUCACCGCUGGUGAUCUAUGCGUGCUACAUAAUAAGGUGCAAAAAAUAAAUCCUGGAUAUAAAGAAGUAAACUUAGUGAAUAGGCAGAAUGACCAGUUUUGUGCAAGGAUAAAUUUAUACAAGGGGCAUCCAAUUAUAAGCAACACAUUUGAUAGAAAUGCAACUGGAAGGCUUAUUAAAUUGCCAAGUUCUUUUGAGGAACUCAAAAGAAUUGCAGGGCAAAAGUUCGAAGUUAAUGCAGACAAUAUAACAAUUGUAAAUGAAGAAGGGGCAGAGAUUGAUUCCAUUCAAGUGAUUAGAGACAAUGAUAAAUUAUAUGUACUUGAAAAUGAAAUUUCAUGACACAUUUGUGUGUGACAAGAAUUAAAGAUGCAUCAAUGAUUAAAAUGAAAUACUUAGUAUUAAAAUUUUCGCUUCAACUAGAAAAUUGUAAAUAUAGAAAUUAUAUUUAGUUAAGACAAUCAGGAUACAGAGUAAUUUCUGUGUGACCGGAGUAUAAUUUCAAGGGUCAUAAGGAAAUGAAGGAAUCAUAAAUCAUUCUUAA